AUGUCUCUCAUUCUGACUCACUCAAUAUCCCUCUCUCUUUCUUUACUCUCUAUCUCAUUUCUUUCUCUCUCUCUCACACUCUCUGUCUAUCUCACCUUUAUCUCUCCCUCUUUCUCUCUAUCUCAUUUCUCUCUCUCUCUCUCUCUCUCUAUCUCAUUUUCUCUCCAUCUCUCUUCUCUCUCUAUUUUUCAUUCUCUCUCUCUCUCUUUCUCUCUGUCUGACUCACCCAAUAUCCCAUCUCUCUUCCCUCUCUAUUCAUUUCUCAUUUUCUCUCUCCCCUCUCUGUCUAUCUCUCUCAUUUUCCCCUCUCUUUUCUCUCUAUCUCAUUUCUCUCUUCUCUCUCUCUAUGUCUAUCUCUUUUCUCUCUAUCUCAUUUCUCUAUCUCUCUCUCAUCUCUGUCCUCUCACCCAAUAUCCCUCUCUCUUUCUCUCUCUAUCUCAUUUUCUAUCCCUCUCUAUCUCUCUCUCAUUUCUCCCUCUCAUGUCUCUCCUCUCUUCUCAUUCUCUCUAUCUCUCUCUCAUUUUCUCUGUCCCUCACCCAAUAUCCAUCUCUCUUUUCUCUUUUCUCUCUAUCUCUCUCUCUUUCUCUCUGUCUCACUCUUUCUUCCCUCUCUAUGUCUAUCUCAUUUUCUCUCUCCUCUCUAUGUCUAUCUCAUUUCUCUCUCUCUCUAUGUCUAUCUCAUUUUCUCUCUCCUCUCUAUGUCUAUCUCAUUUUCUCUUCCCUCUCUAUGUCUAUCUCAUUUUCUCUUCCCUCUCUAUGUCUGACUCACCCAAUAUUCUCUCUUCCCUCUCUAUCUCAUUUCUCUCUCUCUCCCUCUCUAUGUCUCAUCUCAUUUCUCUUCUCUUUUCUCUCUAUCUCAUUUCUUUCUCUCUUCCCUCUCUCUGA